CUUAAUAAAAUAUAAAAACUAUUAGAGUUGGAAUUACGUUUGCGUAAUACUGGCGUUAUUAUAAUCAAUUAUUUAUACGAUCAGUUUACCAAGACCCUAUAUUAAUCGAAAAUAAUUAAAGGUUGAGUGGAAAUAAUGAUGAAGAAAUCAGUGGUAAUUGAAGCUGUGAUUUCGAUAUUGAUAAUAUGUUCGGUCAUUAACAACGUUUCAGGUAUAUUUUUCGAUUCAAGUGAUCUGACUUAUUGGAGAUGCAAAUUCAAACAAACGUUUCAGUGUCCAGAUCCCGACGUGACGUUUUACUUGUACACGAGUGAUCUAAGAAGAAGGAUUAAAAUCGAUAUGAGAGACAAGUGGUCCUUGUAUAAUAGUGGUUGGAAUCCAUAUAAAAAGAACGUUAUCGUCAUACAUGGGUUUAACGGAUCGGAAAAUAAUAAGCUCAUGGUCAUACUAAGAAAUGCCUACUUGAUGCGCGGAGACUUUAACGUGUUCAUGGUGGAUUGGAGUCCGUUGACCGUGUAUCCCUGUUACUUGUCGUCACUAAGGAACACGCGAUUAGUGAGUCAGUGCACCGCUCAACUGUACGCCCAUCUCACUUAUUCGGGCGCUUCCAUUUAUCAUAUACACUGCGUAGGCCAUAGUCUCGGGGCUCACAUAUGCGGCAUGAUUAGCAAUCACUUGACGGAGAGACAGCACAAGAUCAUCGGUUUAGAUCCAGCCAAACCUCUGAUAGAUUUGUUCACGAUGGAUGAAUUUCGAUUGACGAGGGAUGAUGCUAAUUUCGUAGAGGUCAUACACACGAACUCUGGAGUUUACGGAGAGUAUCCUCAGAUAGGUCACGUCGAUUUUAGCGUCAACGGAGGUCGCAUGCAACCGGUUUGCGCUAACGAAGCAAAUAUCAUACAACAAUCGCGGUGCAGUCAUUUCAAGAGCGUGUGUUAUUUUGCGUUAUCACUUUCCAAAAGGCGCAACAUGUUUUUGGGCAUAGAAUGCACGGAGACCUGCGACUCGGUGGUGCUUCCUUCAUUUACGAACAAGAUCGAUGUCAUACCCAUGGGCCUACAAACACCAGAAUGGUAA